AUGCCUCCAGUUUGGUUUCAAAAUCGUCGUGCCAAAUGGCGUAAAGCAGAACGCCUUAAGGAUGAACAACGCAAGCGUGAAAAUGGCGAUUGUAGUAGUGUAUCAUUGGAUAAGUUGCAUGACAGCCGCGAAUCCUCACCCGAUAUAACCGGUGAAAUGGAUGAUGAUGAACCACAUCAUCAACGUUCACACAGUCCCGGCCCAGGAUCAUCACACCUAAGUCCUCACGGCGGCACUGGUAUGGAUUCAGACAAUGAAAGACCUUUGUCAUCGAAUCAAAUGAACAGUGGACAUUCAGGCUCACAAUCAGUGGGCUCAAUAAGUGCCGGUUCACCCUCACCAGGCGCUAGAACACCACGAAAUCCUACCAAUAGCCCAUCUAAUUCACGUAAUACCGAUUCACCCAUAGAAGUGGGUGGACCCAUAUCAUUGUCAACACGUUCAAGUAGCGCAUCAACGACACCAACUACCAGUUUAAAUACAGCCAAUGCCGCCCAACAAUUUGGUACUCAUAUAUUUGGUACAUUUGGCAGUUCGAACACAGCGGGCAGUAAUAAUAAUGGCAACAACAACAACAAUAACAACAACAGUAGCAACAAUAAUAAUGAAACGUAAGUACAUUAAGGUAUCGAUUAUUGUUUAAUAAACAACAAACAGUUUUAAUGCGAGACACGUGUAUAAGACAAUUUAGGCAUCAUUACACUCAACAGAGAAGAAGAAAAGAUCUUAAUGUUUCCGCCCGGCAUUAUGUUUCCGCUAAAAAUUCCAGCCAUAUCCGUUUAAGAUUAACACUGACUUUGUUUAUACGAGGCAAACUGUUAUUUUACUACUUUAUACGUUAGUGGUUAAAUUGUUUAAAAGAGAAAACAUUAAGGCUUAUAUAUCCUUUUGACCAAACAACAAAGAAAAACAAACAAACAUAAGUGUGCAAACAAUUUAAAAG